AUGUUUUUCGAUGGGAUGGAGAAACUUACAGUUUUAGAAUUGAAUGAAGUACGUAUGUUGCAACUCCCACCAUCACUUGCAAAUUUGGUUAACCUUCGGAUGUUAUGUCUAAAUGAAUGCCAGUUGGAAGACAUAACUAUACUCAAGGAUCUAAAGAACAACCUUGAAGUACUUAGCCUUCGGGGUUCUGAUAUCAAGGCCUUACCAUCAGAGAUUGGACAAUUGACUCAACUUCGGUUGUUAGAUUUGAGAGAUUGUAACAAACUCUCAAAGAUUCCACAAGGUGUCAUAUCUAAUUUGUCUCGCCUGGAAGAAUUAUACAUUUUAGAUAGCUUUGUGCAAUGGGAGGAUGCUACAGCCAACAAGGAAAGAAGCAAUGUGAGCCUUGAUGAGUUGAGGAAGUUGACGCAAUUAACCACUUUACAUAUACACAUUCCAAAUGCCAUGCUACUGCCUAAAGACAUCUGCUUUGAAAACUUGAUCAGAUUUAUAAUUUCAAUGGGUGAAAGCUUUGAUUCUUUUGAAUAUCAGUCAUCAACAAGGAUGUUUAAACUCGUAGGCGUUCCCUUCAGGGAUGAGUUUAAUGUUUUGUUGGAGAGAGCUGAAGUGCUUCAUUUGGAAAAAGUGGAAGGUUUACAGAAGGUUACGUUCCCUGCCUUGGAGCAAUUAAAUAUUUACGGACUACCAAAGCUGACAGAGAUAUGGGACAGGAAAUUACCUCCACCAGAGUCCUUUAAAGAAUUGUGGGACUUGAGCAUCUGGAGCUGUAAGAAACUGGUGAAUGUUGGUUUGUCCAAUAUGCCCCGACAAUUACCAAAACUGAGAGCACUUUACGUAGCAUAUUGUCAAGAGCUGAAAGUAGUAGUAUUGGAGAAUGGGGAAGAAAAUGAAAAGGCCGAAAAUAACACAAAUACCAUCUUGUUCCCUCAACUAACGGGAUUGGCGCUUUUACAUUUGGAGAGCCUCAAAAGCUUUUGCACCUCUAGAUCUGAAAGACAAUCCCUUUUCACUAGCCAGGUUGCUUUCCCAGCCUUGGAGGUUUUGACAAUUUGGGAAUUGCAUAACAUAAUAGAGAUAUGGGACAAGCAAAUACUCAUAGCCUCAGAAAAAGAAUCAAAGUCCUUCUGCCAACUGAAAGAUAUUGAGGUUUCUAAUUGUGAGAAAUUGGUACAAGUGGUUCAAUUCAAUAUGCUCCCACGAUUGCAAAAUCUCAAAAAAUUCAACGUAGAUAAUUGUCCAAGGAUGGAAGUGAUAGUCUCGGAGAAAGAAAAAGAAGAAGGAACCACCACCAAUGAUAUCAUCGUGUUCUCUCAAUUAACAACUCUUAAUCUUUUUGAGUUAGUGAGCCUUAAAAGUUUCUACAACUGGCCUACAAGAUACGAAGCACAACCCUUGUUCAACCACCAGGUUGCUUUUCCCGUCUUGGAGGAUUUGAAACUUCAGAAAUUGCCUAACAUGAUAGAGAUAUGGGACAGGCAACUACUCAUAGCCUCAGAAAAAGAGUCAAAGUCUUUCUGCCAAUUGAAAGAUAUGAAGGUUUCUAAUUGUGAGAAAUUGGUACACAUAGUCCAAUUCAAUAUGCUCCCACGGCUGCAAAAUCUCAAAAAAUUCAAUGUAGACAAUUGUCCAAGGAUGGAAGCGAUAGUCUCGGAGAAAGAAAAAGAAGAAGGAACCCCAAGGAAUGAUAUCAUCAUGUUCUCUCAAUUAACAACUCUUAAUCUUUCUAAGUUGGUGAGCCUUAAAAGUUUCUACAACUGGCCUACAAGAUCUAAAGCACAACCCUUGUUCAACCAACAGGUUUGA